AUGACGUCGGAGCCGCUUCGAUGGCACAAACCGUGGAAAAUCAUAUGUCGUCGAACGUGCAAGGCGGUUGGGCGACGACCUGUGGCGAAAGCUAAGCUCACCGUGGCAUGGCUGCUUAGUUUGGGGAAAAGUCUCUUUGCCACUCCAGCGUAUUCACUGCCUCAGCACCCUGCACACUGGGCCCUGCCGUCUCAGACGUCGGACGGUAUGGCGACCGGUGAGAGGCGAUCAAAUCUCAGGUUGCUCAGGACGUCAUUGAUUCUGGACCAAAGCGACACACGCACGACUCGCCAUGGAGACUGUCUCAGACUGUGUACUUACAACGCGAGAACAGUUUCCACAGAUGCUGACCUGCAUGCCCUUUUCGGAGCUGCAGAGGGUAUCAAAUUUUACGUGAUUGUUCUGCAGGAGACCAAGUGCAGAAAGAGCGACGUACGACAGAUGAAUGAAAGUACACUCGCCAUUCGUGGAGAGAAGGUUCCGUCGCGAAAUGUAGGCGGUGUUGGUUUUGUUGUGCAUCCAUCUGUCGUCCAUCUCGUCGAUUCUCACGAGAUCCUGUCACCUCGUGUGGCCAUUCUUCGCCUCCGCCCUCUGCGCCAAAAAUCCAUCAGUAUCAUCAACUGCUAUUCACCAACAUCAGCAGCUGAUGAUUCCGAAUUGGACGUGUUUUACGAGGAGCUGGAGGAAGUAGUCCGCAACGAGAAGUCCUUUUACAAAUUCGUUGUCGGAGACUUCAACGCAAAACUAGGAAAGGCCACAGAAGAACAAUACAGGGUUGGAAGAUUUGGACUAGGGGACCGGAAUGAAAAUGGCAACCGUCUCGCCGGGCUGUUGUCCGCCGCUCGCCUCUUUCAUGGGAACUCUCUUUUCAUGAAAAAAGAUCAUCUGGUUCUGAUCAAUCUUCGUGCGAAAAUACGACUUAGCCACACGAUGGAAAAGAACAUCUGCUAUCGGCAACGAAGGAGAAAAGAAGUCGUCUACGACGAUUGCGUACUCGAGGACUCCCUGUCCCAAGGUGACUGGCACAUCGAGGAGGACCCAAACGUGGACUACGAGAUGCUGCUCAGAGGAUUACCAGCCUAUGCUGAACGUGCCUCGAAGUCGCGCACGACAAACUUGGAUCGAAUUUCGAAGACCAAAAAGGAAUUAAAAGCGUUGCAGGAGGAUCCUUCGAAAUACAAGCCGAAGAAGAUUCUGGAAGCAGCAAAAAGAAGAGUGAGUCUAAAGAAGUGCCGCAGGGAUCUCCGCGAAUAUAAUAUUCCGCUAGCAGCCUUGCUGAGCGAAGACGGGACUCGCACGUCUUCUCAUCGUGAGAUGGAAAUCAUUACGGAGAGGUUCUACUCGAACCUUUUCCGUUCAUCAACUCCUGUGCCAAGCCCAAUCAUCCCCACUGGCGAAGCUCCACCACGGAUUCUCCCUUCGGAAGUACGAGUCGCUAUCAAGAGCAUGAAACCUGGCACAGCCGCCGGACCUGAUUUUAUAUCAGCAGACUUUCUUCGGGCCGGUGGCCAUCCGCUUCAUGUAAUCUUAGCAGCGCACAUGACAUCCUAUCUUCAGAAAGAAAGGAUCCCAGACCAGUGGAAGACCUCGCGAACCGUUCUUAUCCACAAGAAAGGUGACCGAGAGGACCUUCGGAACUACCGUCCGAUAUGCUUGCUGAGCGUGUUAUACAAAGUAUUCACCAAGAUCAUCCUCACACGCAUAUCUAGGACGCUGGAUGAAGCCCAGCCUCAAGAACAAGCUGGAUUCCGCCAAGGGUUCAGCUGCUUGGACCACAUCCAGACCGUGUCGAAGGUCAUAGAGGUUUGCCGGGAAUACCGCCUGCCCCUUCUUCUAACCUUCGUCGACUAUGAGAAAGCCUUUGACAGCGUAGAAACGAAUGCGAUACUGUCAGCGCUGGUCGAUCAAGGUGUGGACGCGUCGUAUGUGAGGACAUUAGUCAAUUGCUAUGAACAAUGCACGACUAGGAUACAGCUUUUCCACCGCCCCCUCACCAUACCCAUUGGAAAGGGGGUGCGACAAGGCGAUACUAUAUCGCCGAAGUUCACGUUCACGGCUGCAUUGCAGUGGAUAAUGAAAUCACUAUCCUGGGAAGAAAGGGGCAUACGUGUUGACGGAAGAUUUCUCUCGAACCUUCGUUUCGCGGACGACAUCGUUCUCUUUUCGAACAGUACCAAUGAAGCAGAAACGAUGCUCAACGAAUUGAACGAAGCAGGGAAGAGAAUAGGACUACGAACAAACAGAAAGAAGACACAGUUCAUGAAGAACGCCCACUGCGAGGACGGAGGAGUACAACUUGAAGGCUCCCAAAUCGUGGAAACUCCGUCAUACGUAUAUCUCGGACGUUCUAUGAACAUGGAAAACGACUUGAAGGAAGAACUAAAUAGAAGAAUGAGAGCAGCAUGGGCAGCAUUCGCAGCCGUCAGGGAAGCUACGGACCAACUGACGGACCAAGAUCUUCGUGCACAUCUGUUCGACUCGACAGUCCUUCCAUCGCUCUGUUACACAGCGGAGACGUGGGCAGACACCGCGGCCACGUCUAGGAAGCUACUUACUACCCACAGAGCCCUUGAGAGAUGUCUCCUGAAGUUUAACCGGCGCACACAACACCUUGCCGGUCUUCGUAGCUCCGACUUAAGAGAAAUGUCCCGUCUUCGCAACCCAGCGGAAUAUGUAUCGAAAGCAAAACAUAGAUGGGCCGGUCACAUCAUGAGAAGAAUCGACGAUAGAUGGACUAAAAGAACGCUAGAGUGGAUCCCAAGGGACGCUAAACGCCCCCGAGAGAGAACGCCAACGAGAUGA